AUGUCAACGAACACCCGCAGCUGCGUGACAGUACCCUCGUCCGCGGCCUGCACGGCGCUGGUCGCUUCGCCCAGCCGCCCUCUACAGGCGCUCACGUGUGACGCGCUGCAUGCCGCAGAUGUCAACAGCACCUACGAUACACCCGACCACUGGUGCCGCGUCGGCGCCGCCGCCCUCACGACCGAGCCAUGGCGCUGUCUCUAUCCCGUCGCUGCGACGCCCGUGCGUCUCUCGGGCGACGGGGUCAGCGAGUGCAUGGCAUCGUCGACGUCCGCCGGCUGCCGCACCGUCAGCUCGCAAGCCGAGUGCACGGCGCUUGUGGCGGCAACCAAGACGUCGUCGGCGCUUCGGAGCGACUCGCCCGCCUUUCUGGCCUUGUAUGGAGACAGCGGCGACGAGAGUGAUCCAGGAUGCGCCUCGAGCGCGCCAUUCUUGAGCAACGCGCCGUGGCAGUGUCCGUUCCAGUCGACAACGCCACUGCGCCUCACUACGUCGGGCGACGUCGAGUGCAUGUCGUUGGACGGACGCACUUGCGUUACCGCGUCGUCAUGGACCGACUGCGUGCGCUUGCAGUUGCAGCCGCCUUCAGCGUUGUCGCCGCUCGUGUGCGGUGCGAUGAUGGAAAUGACGCUUGGUGUCUUUGGCUACGAUACGCCCGAGCACUGGUGCGCGCUGUCGAUGCCCAAGCUGUCGAUGGCGCCCUGGACGUGUCUUCGAGGCAUCUUUACGCCGAUCCGCCUCAACUUCAACUUUGACAUCGAGUGCCUCUCGCUGAACGGCCACGACUGCGUCUGGACGAGCUCGGAAGCGGCGUGCCGCGCACAACUGGCGCAGCCGGUUGCGCCGCUGAACCCGCUUGCGUGCGGCGCGAUGCACAAGGCAGCGUGGGGCUUGACCGGCUACGGCGAGGCUAGUCACUGGUGCGCCAAGGCGUAUGCAUCCCUUGUCCAGUCGGCGUAA